GCUUGUCCAGUUAUUCUUUGCUCACCCAAAAUCUUAUUGGUCCUUGACUUGGGACAAGAAGCUCUCCAAUAGACGUCCACCAUCGCUUUGUUCCUCAUGUGUAGAUCACAGCAUACGUAGACAUUCUGGGUUGUCAUGUUUCUGACCCCGACUUCUCCAACCCAUGUCACCGGUCGAGUUUUGUCGAGGACUAGAAACUCGAGAGAUAAGCUCUAGGCUUGUUUGUUGAGUUUUCUUUCUUCAACUGAGGUCCAACUGUUUGACCCAAACAAUUCAAAUUAGAAAAUUGAGAUGAGUAAACAAAGCCUGAAAGCUCUUAGAUGUUUCCUGUUUGGCUUACCAAGAUAUGGGGGUUGUUUGAGUUUCAGCACUUUCUGCAAGUUGGGUUUCGCCAUUUUUCCUUAGCUCCCAAAUGCUUUCUUUUUUCAAACAUUCUUCUUCUUCUUCUUCUUCAUCAAAAUCAUCAACAUCUUCUUCUUCUUCUUUGAAAUCUUCAUCUCCCUCUGUUUCUGCUCCAACGCCCGGUGAUGGUGCUUUCCCCAAGAGGCUGGGACAAAUACAAUCGUUUACCCAGAGGCGGCUCACUCGACAGAGGAAGCUCCGACAUGCCAGUGACCGAGACCUCGGCUUGCAGUUGAGUGAAGGGUCGUAUUUAUCGCUGCCUGGUUCGCCCAAGAAAUCGCAUUCAUGGGGUGAACCGGAGCACUGGUCAUGCUCAGCGGUGCCGCAAAGGUUGCCGCUUCCUGAAUUGUCUUCAAGUUGGAGACCAGAGUCAACGGCAUUGAAUUCAGGGCAUGCUCGUCUCGGAUCACCGAAAGAAGGGUCGGGCUUUUCCUUGGGGAGGAACAACGUAGAUAAUUUUGCCACGAAUUCAAUGAAACUUACAAGUAAUUAUCACAUGAGAUUCUCCCCAGAUGUAUAUGUUGAAUCCAAUAAUUACAAUUUGAAGCUGAAUAUUCCUGCCAGGAGCUGCCAGAUAAGUGCUUUUUCAAGUCCUGUUGUUAGCCCUCAAAGACAAAACGCUCGGGAGCUUUUUCCUCCUUCUGUCAACCCAAGUUCACUCAAGUAUUCAAACAAUUAUUGUCGGGGAUUCUUUCAAGAUUUAAAUGAUGAAUGUGUCAAUGGAGACUUCAGGCUGAAAGUUCCUGUUAGGAGCGCUCCCACUAGUGUUUUUUCAAGUCCUGUUGGAAGCCCACGAAGAUUGAGUUCUAGGGAUCUCUUUCCUUCUUCUCUGGCUUUUCAAGAAUAUCAGCAUAACAAUGUUUGUUGUUAUUCAAAUGUGCCACCAACGAGAACCAUGCCUGGUCCUGAUCAGUCUCCUCUACAUGGCCCAAUACUCCAAAGUUCCCAUCCCUCCCACAAAAGUUCAAACAGAACUGUGUUUCCUUCACACCAUAAACUUGCGUCAGAGAGUUAUGUGGAAAGGCCUGAGAUCAGUGCCCACCCUUUGCCACUUCCUCCAGGAGCAGUACUAUCACCACAAUCGUCUAUGCAACCACAAUCAACUACCGUACAGCAUGUGAUCGAACAACCAUGUGUAUCAUCUUUUGCAGGUCAAUGGAUAAAAGGAAAACUCAUUGGGCAUGGUACAUUUGGAAGCGUAUACCUUGCAACCAAUAGAGAGUCUGGAGCUUUAUGCGCAAUGAAGGAAGUUGAUAUCAUUCCUGAUGAUCCUAAAUCUGUUGAAUGUGUAAAGCAGUUGGAGCAGGAAAUAAAAAUCCUCAGUCAACUAAAGCAUCCAAACAUUGUGCAGUAUUUUGGCAGUGAGAUAAUUGAUGAUCGCUUUUACAUAUACUUGGAGUAUGUUCAUCCUGGAUCAAUAAAUAAAUAUGUAAAUGAACAUUGUGGAGCUAUUACUGAAUCUGUGGUUCGCAAUUUCACUCGACAUAUUCUCUCUGGGUUGGCUUUCUUGCAUAGCAAAAAGACAAUCCAUAGGGAUAUCAAAGGUGCAAAUUUGCUUGUUGAUGCAUCCGGCAUCGUUAAACUUGCAGAUUUUGGGCUAUCUAAACAUCUUGCAGGAGAAUCAUGUAAUCUUUCUUUGAAGGGUAGUCCAUACUGGAUGGCUCCAGAGGUCAUGCAAGCUGCAAUGCAAAAUAGUAAAAAUCCUAACCUUGCUUUGGCUAUUGACAUAUGGAGUUUGGGUUGCACCGUCAUUGAAAUGCUGAACGGAAAACCCCCUUGGUGUGAGUUUUCAGGGCCUCAAGCUAUGUUCAAAGUUUUGAAUAGAUCCCCACUCAUUCCGGAAACAUUAUCCUCAGAGGGAAAGGAUUUCCUCCAACGGUGUUUUCGAAGAAAUCCUGCAGAGCGGCCAACAGCUAGUAUGCUACUGGAGCAUCCUUUUGUACAAAAUUCACAUGAUCGGAAUGUUUCAGUCUGUUUGCAGGCAUUUUCUACUGUUGAUCUUAUGGAUAAGCAGCAUACCGUCGGAGAUGACACGGAGAUUAAAGAAGUGAUGUCAAUUGGCACACGAAUCAUGAGCAGGAAUCUGCCCUUUAUUGGUGCAACCUGCCAACAUUAUGGUUCUUGUAAGUGCCCUAAGGCUUUCUAUCAUCCUCCAUUCGUGCCUCAAGCUUUACCCGCCCUAUCUAAGACAGAGUUUACUCAUAGUUCACAUAGUUGCAGCCCUUCAAAUAUUUUCAACAAUGUGUCCCUUGGCACUGUCAACAGCCAUUCACUUGUACAUACAAGGACUCAUGGAAGGGAAGUUUCACACCUCUGAAUUAUUUUUGUACUUGACUUAGAUUGGGAAUGUAACUAUGGUCCUCUUAGUGUACAACUGGGCAGGGGGCAGCAGUUGGUUAGAAGAGACGGAUCUGGGACUUCUGAUGGAGAUCUUUGCAUUAUCAUUUAGAGCUUUCUUCUGUACCUUUGAUCUAGAAGAGGUUCAAUUUACCAUAUAUGAAUUUUUGCUGCCUCUUUUGGCCUUACGAGGCCUUUACCAGGGAAGGAAGUAGGCUCAGCUGGCAAUUGAGAGUUGUUUGUCUGUGUUUCUUUGCUAAAGCUUCAGGCUUGAACUAAAACAAUAGUUCAUACUUGUGGAAAAUAGAAAAGACCUCAAAUAGAUAGAAAAAAUAGGAAGAUAGUAAACUAGGAUAAAGUAACGCUUCUGUAUGACAUAGACAAAUAAUUUGUAGAUAUCGAGACUCCAUCUUAUUUCAAUUAAUAAUUCAUUUGUCAAUA